AUGUGUAUGGGUUGGCUGGCCCUUGCUCUCCUGUCUGUGCUCAGCAUGGGUACCCAGGCCUUCAACAGCCAGCUUGUCCAGUGCUUGGAGGAUCCCCAACAUGAAGAAUUAGUUCAGCUAGCCCAGAAUGUGCUGGGGCAGACAGCAGAAAGGAAACAAAUAGUAGUGAUUGGGGCAGGGAUGGCUGGGCUCACUGCUGCCAAGACCCUGCAGGAUGCUGGCCGCCAGGUGACUGUCUUGGAGGCCUCAGGGCAUGUGGGUGGAAGAAUAGAGACCCACAGAGUGCCUGGAGCACAGUGGUACAUAGAGCUGGGUGCCAUGAGGAUCCCUAUCAACCACAGGCUCUCCCAUGAGUUCCUCAGGAAGUUUGGGCUGAACCUCAAGGAGUUCUGCCCUUUCAACAACCAGACCUGGAUGCUGAUCAAUGGGGUGCAGGAGCUCACGGGGGAUGUGCAGGCCAAUCCCAGCCUUGGGCUACCCAGUCAGGCAGAUGAGGUGGGGAAGACAGCAGAACAUCUCUUCAAUAAGUCACUGUGGAAGGUGGUGGAGGAGCUGGAGAGGAGUAGCUGCAGCCAGGUGCUGAAGAAGUAUGACUCCUACUCCACCAAGGAGUACCUGAUCAAGGUGGGGAACCUGAGCCUUGGGGCCGUGCAGAUGAUCGGGGACCUGUUGAAUACAGAUGCUGGCUACUAUGAAGCCUUUAUAGAAACUCUGCAUGACAGCAUCUCCUUCCAGGAGCCCUGGUUUGAUGAAAUCAUUGGGGGCUUUGACCAGCUCCCCCAGGCCCUGGACAAUGCCCUUUUGCUGGGGACAGUCCACCUCCAUUCACCAGCAGAGGAAUCGGAGACAUCUGGAGACCGCAUCCACAUCGUCCGCCAAACACCCGACCCUCUGCAGCCCCAGGCUCGUCUGACCGCCGAUUGUGCGGUGGUGGCCAGCACAGCCAAGGCUGCCUGGCUUCUCUGUUUUCGGCUGCCUCUCUCCCCAGACAAGGAGGAUGUAUUGCAUUCUGUUCACUACAGCAGCGCCACCAAAGUGAUCCUGGCCUGCACGCAGCGUUUCUGGGAAUGCAACAGCAUCUUCAGUGGCAAGUCCAGUACCUACUGGCCUUCCCGCUUCAUCUACUACCCCAAUCACAUCUUCCCCAAUGGCAUAGGGGUCAUCCUGGCCUCCUAUACUGUGGACGGUGACUCCAUGUUUUUUGCUGCCAUGGACCAUGUCCAGGUGGUGGAUGUCAUCCUGGAUGACCUGGCCGCUGUCCAUGACCACCCCAAAGAGGAGCUCUGGGCCUUGUUCCCCUACUCCAAGAUCAAGCACUGGAGCCAGGACCCCUAUUUCAUGGGCGGCUUCACCUUCUUCAACCCCUGCCAAUAUAUAGACUAUGCCCAGGAGCUCUGCUGGCCAGAAGGGUGGGUCCACUUUGCUGGUAAGCACACAGCCCUGCCCCAUGGCUGGAUUGACACGGCCAUCAAAUCAGGGCUCAGAGCCACUAGGAGCAUCCAAGAGGCCAUGGGCUUGGCUUUGACAAAGGACCCCAGGGAUCCAAUAAAGCCUCACUCCAAAAGUGACCUAUAG